UUACGACUCUCGUACUAAGUCGAGAUACCAGGAUCAUGAUGUUAUCUAAAUGCUUUUUUGAUUAGCAAAAAUAAAAUAAAAUAAUUUAAAAAGAAAAUUACAGAAUUUUAUAUGCCUUUCUCUCAGAAUCCCAUGCCGACUCGGCUCAGUUUAAUUCAACUCAACUCGUCUGGUCUUCGCUCACCCAUGGCUGCUGAGUGUCCCUCCUCUCCUCCCUCGCCCUCCCCUUCCUCUCCGAUGACAAUCGACGGCUCCGACCGCGACGCUGCCCUCGCGAAGUCCGCCUGGCUCAGCCGCCGCGAGGUCCUCGAACGCCGUUGUCGCCUAGCCAAGCAGCUCGCUCGCGUCUACCGGCACCACUACUGGGUUCUCAUGGAGGAUCUCAAGGCCAAGCACAGAGACUACUACUGGACCUUCGGCAAGAGCCCCUUCAAAGACGACGAGACCGCCGCCGCCGCCGCGGCCAUUGCCGAGAACGGAAAGCUAGGGUUAGGGUUAGGGAAUUCCGGUGGAGGAGACGAUAUCAAGAGGUGCCAAGUGACCGGGUGCAAGACGAAAGCAAUGGCGUUGACGAAGUUCUGUCACGCUCAUAUUCUCAACGAUCCUCAGCAGAAGCUCUACAGGGGUUGCCAAUACGUCAUCAAGAGUAUGCAAUCAGGGCCUCUUAAAUGCUGUAAACCAAUAUUGAGAUCCACAGUCCCUCCUCUUUGCCCCACUCAUUUUCAGAAGGGUGAAAAAUGUCUCAUAAGGGACCUAAGAAAGGCCGGUCUUAAUGUCUCUUCACUAACCAACCUUGCUCCGAAAUUCCAUGUCAUUGUUGCCGAGUACGUCUGCCAAAUCCAAAGCAAAAGGAGAGCUGCUCGAAAGGCUAGCGUCUAUAAGGUGGAGCCGAAGUAGGAUAUGAGCCAGAUGUUUCUUAGGCUUUUGUGGUGGUUGUGAAAUUUCUUGAUACUGCUGCAUAGGGAGAGAGAUUUUCUAUCGGACGAUAAACCGACUUGCCUCGGAGAACAUAUAUUGUGCUUAGGCAGGAAUCAAGACACUUCAUUUCUUCAUGACUUCUUUGCUCAUUUUCACGAGGGCUUCUUUGCUGUAAUCUUUUUCAGCAAGAAUUGAUGUAGAUUGAUGAAUAACCUAUGUCUUGACGAUUUUGUUGUCUGUAAUUAGAUCAAUGUUUUUGAAAUUCUAGUCGUGGAUUGUAUAAUCACUCAUUUAUGAUUGUGCACAAAAAGAAUGUGAAGCUUUCACCAGAUGGCUGGAGAGACAUGUGACUUACUGACUUCCAAUGAGAACCUGGUAAUUUUCCUUGGCCUA